UGUGGCCUCAUCACACCGGCUAACCCGAUUCGGGCCUCCAAUCCAGAUCUCCCUCAUGGUUCACUAGAUCCGUUUCUUAUCUUUCUGGUUGACCGAUUUCAUUCGGUUCCAGUCCCAAUGUGUGUUUUACUCCAGGCGCUAUUUUUCAAGGCCCUGGAAGCACGUACAUUGCCGCCUCACCGGGCAGCACGCCUAGGCUCUGAUUCAUAUAUUUUCAGAUAUCAGGCAUUGCCUUCAUGGGUCGUCUCCUUGAUCAGACCCGUGUUACCUGAGCAAACUGUGGACGCCUAUCGCUGGUCACCUGCUACCUUUCGAGUGGAUUUUUAG